AUGACAGAAACUCUACCGAUCGAUUCAUUAAUGAUUGAUCGAUGGACAAAUCAAUGGUUGAAACAACUUGGUUUUAAUAAUGAACAAUUAAUUAAACGAAAUAAUAAAGUUGAACAAUUUUCACGAUUUGUAUUAGAUCGUAUACAAACAAAAAAAUUAACAGAUAUAACUAAACGUGAACAAUUAUUAGUUGAAACAUUACGUGAAUAUGAACAUCGAUUAAGUCGAACAGGUUUUGAAAAUGAUAUUAAUGAAGAAUUUGAAAAUAUGAAAUUAAAACAAAAAGAAAUUUUAAUUGAAAGAAAACAUCAAGAAUUAGAUAUUAAAGAAGAGAAAUGUAUUAAAGAAUUAGAUCAAUUAUCUCAAAAUGAACGUUCUUUAUGUCAAAUUCUUACAGCCACACCCAUGGAAAUUACUCCAGAUGAAACUUUAGUUAAACGAAUUGAAAAUUUACGAGAUUAUUUAACUACACUAGAGACUAUAAAAAUCGAACGACUUACAACAAUUAAAUCAUAUGGAACUCGUUUAGAUACAUUAUGUACUCAACUUGAUUUUAAACUAGAUAAAUUUUCAAUUGCAUGUCAAUUAAUUGAUGAAAAAUAUGAAUCUUGUUUAACAACAGAUUCUCUUAAUCAAAUUGAAUCUCUUCUUAAUGAACUUGAGUGUAAAUCUAAAGAACAAGAAAAAUAUGUUUAUAGACUUGUAGAAACAUUAGAAAAAUUAUAUACAAAACUUGCAAGAGACGAUGCAACACCACCAAAACGUUCAGCUGCUUAUAUUUUACGACAUAAUAAUGCGGAAACAGUGAAACAGUUAGAAAAUGAAAUUAGUGAAUUACAAGCUAAACGAAUGGCUACUAGUCAAGUAUAUUGUGAAAGUAUGCGUAAGAAGAUUGAAGAAUUCUAUGAACAAUAUCAAAUAGGCUUAUCUGAACGUCAUGUAAUUGAUUUUGAAAAUAUUACACCUGAAACUCUUGAUGAAUGCGAUCGAGAAUAUGAUCGUUUAGAUGAUAUGUGUCGUGCACGAAAACCUAUUAUUGAUGUUUUUGAACAAUGGAAAUUACUUGUACAACAACAUACUGAAUUUCUAAAAAAAUCGAGUUCCGCAGCACGUUUUCAUGAACGUGGUUAUUCGGCAGUAAAAGAACAAGCAGAACGUAAACGAUUUGCUAUUGCUUUACCAAAAGCUGAACGAACUUGUUUGAAUACACUUGAACAAUGGGAAAAAGAACAUAUAAAUGAACAAUUUUUAAUUAAUGAUAUUCCAAUUCGUCAAAUUCUUGAACAGCAACAUAAUGCUACAUCGAAUACGACAACAACAACAGUAUCUAAAACGGUAUCAUCAGUAAAUUCAACUGCUGUUCCUCAACGUACUUUAUCAAAAAAUAAUAUACGUAAAAAAUCACUUCGAAAUAUUGUUAAACAAACAAUUCAAGAACAAGUUACUGAAAAUGAUCAUGAUGAAGAUGAUACACUUGAAUUUACUCAAUUAGAAAAUAUUAAAAAUAUUAAUGGCGUAGCACGAAUUGUAACAUCAACACCUAAAAUUGGAAAGAAUCAUAGUAGUAAUCAUACUGUUGUUGAUAUGGGUCGAAAUAAAACUAAUGAUCUUAUUCAUAAGCGUCGUCUAUCUAAACGAGUAAUUCCAACUCGUCGAUGA